AUGGCACCUUCUACUCAGCAGCAAUGGCGUGUGCAGGGCAAGGGCAACGGUACCUUCGACAACCUGAACUUUAACAAGGAGGCACCUGUGCCUGAGGUUGGCGACAAGGACGUUCUGGUCAAGUUCCACGGAGCUUCCCUCAACUACCGCGACCUGAUCAUCUCGGCUGGCGGCUACCCCUUCCCCCAAGAAGACAACGUCGUUCCUGGCUCUGAUGGUGCUGGUGUCGUCGAGGCCGUUGGCAAGCAUGUCCAGCGCUUCAAAGUCGGCGACAAGGUCAUCACCCAGUUCAACCAGGGCCACAUUGCUGGUCCCCUUGACAACAAGUCCAUUGCUACUGGCACUGGCGGUGUUAUUGAUGGAUCUCUUCAGCAGUACGGUGUUUACGAUGAGCAGGGUCUUGUCCCUCUGCCCAGCAACCUCAACUUCAUUGAGGGUGCUUCGCUCACUUGUGCUGGUUUGACUGCUUGGAACGGUCUCUAUGGCCUCGAGGGCAAGAGACUGACUCCUGGCAACUGGGUCAUCACCCAGGGCACUGGAGGUGUCUCCAUCUUCGCUCUGCAGUUCGCAAAGGCAGCCGGUGCCCGUGUCAUCGCGACCACCUCCUCCAAGGAAAAGGCCGACAAACUCAAGGCCCUCGGCGCCGACCACGUCAUCAACUACCGCGACGACCCCAACUGGGGCGAGACCGCCAAAAAGCUCACCGGCGGCGUCGGCGUAAACCACAUCAUCGAAGUCGGUGGCCCCAACACCCUUGAGCAAUCCCUCAAGGCCAUCUGCCUCGAAGGCGUUAUCUCCAUCAUCGGUUUCAUCGGUGGCACCAGCGACAAGCAACCCACCCUGCUUGAUGCUCUCGUCAACAUUUGCACCGUUCGCGGUAUCUACGUGGGCAGCAGACAGCAAUUUGAGGAGAUGAAUGCUGCGAUCGAGGCCAACAACAUCAAGCCCGUUAUCGACGAGAAGGUGUUUACGCUCGAGCAGCUCAAGGAGGCUUAUCAGUUCCAGUGGGACCAGAAGCACUUUGGCAAGGUCGGCAUCAAGAUCGAGUAA